CAGUGGUUCACUCCGCACUCUCCAGCUGAUCGGCCCAGGAUUCCCCGGUGGCUCCGUCCGUCGCUGGCUUUGACGGCUUUAGUGUCUCACCGUUGAUCCAAACAGUUCUAAUUUAAUGGACUCAGGGGCCGCUCGUGUCGGCAAAAGCUCAUUGUUUAGAUAAACUGUCACGGAUAGUAAUCUGGCCGGGGGUAUUGACUCUAUACGUGUCAAAGUCAGGGGUCUUUAACGCAAAUACGAGGCCCUUAGUCCAUCCCCGGAUUCACCUGCUACGCGGAGCCUCACACAGAAGACCGACAUGGGGGACACAGGGAGCGAGGGCAGCAAGCCUCCGAGUAACGUUAACGUGAUACCCCCGCGCUGCCCCUGUGGAUUCUGGGGGUCCAGCAAAACAAUGAAUCUCUGCUCAAAAUGUUUUGCAGACAUUCAGAAGAAACAGCCGGACAAUGAUUGUGCUCCAAAGGCCUCGCCGAGCUCCAGCAGCAGCCAAACAGACAUCUUCUGUAAUGAAACAAGCAGUAGCAUCAGCCAGUCGCUGAUAACAAUGCCUAACACAUCAGAGGAGCCUUCACCACCUUCACCAGGAGAGGUGGGGGCCACGUCUCUACCUGCUCAGGACGAUGUAUCCAGCACAGAUGCAGUCUUCACUUCACUUGCCACUCCCACAAAGCGCUCCUUUGAAUCAGCCUCAGAGUCAGAAAGUGAUGUUUCACCCGAAAAGCGAGCAAGAGUGGGCGAGGUGCCCGAGGGUGAGGAGUCUCCAUCGUCGUCGUCAUCUUUUUCUGCGUCAUCAUCAUCAUCAUCAUCUCCCUCGUCUCGCAGUGUCUCUAAACAGCGGAGCCGCAAACGCUGCCAUCGCUGCCAAACCAAACUGGAGCUGGUUCAGCAAGAGCUGGGUUCCUGUCGCUGUGGUUAUGUCUUCUGUAUGCUCCACCGGCUCCCAGAGCAGCAUGACUGUCUGUUUGACCACCUCGGCCGCGGUCGCCAGGAGGCCGUCCUAAAGAUGGUUAAGCUCGACCGCAAGGUGGGCCGAUCGUGCCAGCGCAUCGGAGAGGAGUGCUCCUGAGCAGCUCUCCCCACAGAAGAAUCUCAAUGUUCAGAUGGUGUCUCAGCACUUACAGGGAUUUUUUUUUUCUCCUUAUGAUUUUUUUUUUAGAUUUUCACAGGUUUUUUGGAUACAAGCCCUACAUGAAACAAUCUUUAAAAUAUUUCUCCCUCUCUUUAAAUCCUGCGUUCACCUGCACCCCUGUCGUUUUCUGCCUUUGUUGGCUGGAUCAGAUCCCUGCUGCUAGAUGCCUUUUGGAGAAUCUAAAACCAGGAAUGAAAGAACAAUAAAGAGCAAAAGAAGUAUACAAUUUCUUCACUGUUUUGCAACCUCCUUACUACAUAAAUGUAGGGAAAAAGGACAAAGAGAAGAAAUACGCUUUAUAAAAAUGUUUGUCCCAGAAGCCAGUUCAAGACUUAACUCUUUACCUCAAAAAAGAAAGAAAAACACAAAGAAUGACAAAAACAAGGAGGAAGGGAUGGUUAUGCUUUGUGUUCACUUCUGCUUUGGCGCCCUGUAUAGACCGUGCUCUUUACCUCAAAAUCAGACAGAGCUGCUUUGUAUUCUGCGCCCAGCAUGGACUUUGUGAAGCAAACCGAGCUAGUCGGCCUCAGUUUAAGUCAGUGUCUUACACCCUGGUUGUCCACAACCCCUAAUCCUAAACUUUAAGAAACACCUGUACAUCUUUCACCUCAGGUUAUCAGGAUAUCAAAGCCCGAUGUUCAGCCCUCCUUUCUCCAACAAAAAACCUUCAAUUUUCUUCCACAGGAAACUCUUAUGUUUUUUGUUCUAAGAUUGUUCGAAAGGCAUUUCCUCUGCGUUCAAGUUCGAAAAAAGAAAGAAGCAGAAAUUGCAGACUUAAUGAUGUGCUGGACUUAGAGACAUUACAGUGGGAGUCUAUGGAUUGCACACAGAUCUGUCUUCUUAACUGGGAUGUGAUUGUCUUCCUCUUUUUUUGUCUAUCACCUUUUCUCUACAGCCCUCCCACAUGAAGACAUUUCCUCGUCUCUGUCUCAUGCAACAUGUAGGAUUACAUGUGCUGGACGGGUACAAAUUUACAGGACCUGCGGGACAUGAAAGUGUGUGUCUCCAUUGCACAUGUCUGCAGAUCACUCUCCUUGUGCAAAAACACACUCUCUCAUCCUAUACGUUACGUGUGCCCAGCUGUUGUUUACACUGAGCACAAGAAGGUGAAAUCAAACCUUGUCAUACACUCCCAGUUUGGACUGAGAUUGAUGAUGGUUGUUGUAGUUCAGGUUUCUCAUACUGUCUUAGUUAUGAACAUUUUUAAGGUAAUUUUUGCCAGCUUUGAUACAAGGUGUCAUAUUGUUUGGUUUUUGCUCCUUUUUCUCUUUCCUUCCCUGCUCCUCCUUCUGUCAGCACCCCGUCUUUUCAUUUCCAGCUAUCAUGAUGAGCUCACGUGCGUUCUCCUCCUUUUCCCUCCCUCAUCUUUCCCCUUAUUGAUUGCUCUAUUUUUCCUUGUUUCACCCUCCCCUCUCUCUUUCUCUCUGCCUGUGGAUGAGGUGGCUGUAGAGUUAAGCCGAGUGCUGAAAGUAAAAAUAAGCAAAUAAUUACUUUCCAAAUGUUUUUUUUUUUUUUCUGGUGGACUGUGAAAGGAAUGAAUGGAUCAUGCAUAAUGAAUGAAUAUUCUGUAUCUUAAAGAAAAUCCUUAUUUAACCCAGUGUUGAGUUUCACUUACACCUUAGUGUAGAGUUGCUUUUUUGGUUGUUAUGUGGUUAUAAAAUGGGAAGAUGAACGUGGAAAAUUCUUUAUUUUUGUUUCAGUUGCUUUACUUUUUGCUUCCCCUUUCCAACUCGUUUUCUUUAACUAAGAAAGAAUAAACUGGA